CAACCUCCCACCUCCCUCCCAGUGCCAGGACUCACCAAAACACGCCAUUAAUUAUUGGCGUGGAGGUCUGACAGCGUUCUCCGCGGUGUUUGGCGUGUGGCGCUGUUGAUUGAAAUGUCGGAGCGGGCUUGAUAAAUGGCGUUAUUGCGUGUAUUUAGGUUGUCAGAGGGGAGGUGGGGAGCCUAUCUAUUCGGACUCUGCACAGCCUCCCGCCUGACCGAUAGCUGGAGGCAUGCCAGACAUGGAAAGGGGUGGGUCUCCACAGUUCUAGGAGAUUUCUUGGAGGAAUUUUGUGGGGAUCUAGGGGGCAGAGAGAGAUUUACGAAUUGAUAGGUGGUCGCGUUUUGUUUGGCCGCGCGUCUUUGCGCCAGAAGACUCCGGAGCAUUGAGUUUCCUUCUGCCUAAAGGAUUAGUCCUGACGAUGGCCACCGAGAGACUAAGGAGGGGUCACUAUCCUGGCGACACACAGCUGGUGGCCUCAACCAGGAGCGCGUCCUGCGAGCAGAGCUGGAUUCUGACGGACUGACCUGCACACCUCGAAGAGACUGACUUUCGGAUAGAGAACCAACAGUUUUGACCUUUUCUUUUAGUUUAUCUUGUAGAGAGAAAAUAAAAUCACUUCUUAAAUACGGACAAUUUUAGUCUUUUUUUUGUUGUUGUUGUUGUAUUUGUUGCUACUUUUUGUCACUAAGCCGUAGCGCUUAACAAUGACGACUGAAAACUCCCAGCAACAGCUGGACCCGCCGCCUCCCCUCAGAUCCAGUCCGGCGUCCAGUGGCAUGCACUCGGCUAUCCAGAGCGCACAGACUGUGCUGGAGAGCACAACUGCGACCGGUACCAAAGGGAAAAAGUCAAAUUCGGGCAUGAGACGCCCCGAAAAGCCACCUUACUCAUACAUCGCUCUUAUAGUCAUGGCGAUACAGAGCUCGCCGACCAAAAGGUUGACACUCAGUGAAAUUUACCAGUUCCUCCAGGCUCGCUUUCCGUUUUUUAGAGGUUCCUACCAGGGCUGGAAAAAUUCCGUCAGACACAAUUUGUCUCUAAACGAGUGUUUCAUCAAACUUCCCAAGGGCCUCGGGCGUCCGGGCAAAGGCCACUAUUGGACCAUUGACCCCGGGAGCGAGUUCAUGUUCGAGGAAGGCUCGUUUCGACGCAGACCACGGGGUUUCCGAAGGAAAUGCCAGGCUCUGAAACCCAUGUACCGCAUGAUGAACGGAAUCGGCUUCGGUGCUUCAAUGCUGCCCCAAAACUUUGACUUCCAGUCCCCUUCCGCGUCCCUGGCCUGUCAUACCAACGGCUACAAUUUGGACAUGAUGACCAACGCUGUUCCCGGCGUUCAUACGGGCUACGAUGGAUUUACUGCAAGUCAUCACGUCUCACACAUGUCCCCGAGCACCGGCUCUACAUACAUGACGGCAUGCCAAGUGACCUCAAACGGCGAGUAUGGCCCUGACAGCAGCAAUAGCCCCCUUCAUUCACCCCCGGCGAUGUCCGGCUCUUUGGAGUGCCAUUCGCCGUAUGGAGCCGCCUCGGCGCACUGGCCUUCAUCUGGUGUUUCUCCCUAUGUUAAACAGCAGCCACUGUCCUCUAGCAGUCCGACCUCCUCUGGAUUACACUCGAGUAUGUCUCCAUAUUCUCUGGAGCAAAGUUAUUUGCAUCACAACGGCAGAGAUUCGGCGGCCGACAUCUCAGAAAUGUCUCGAUAUCAGGCCCACCCCUCGCCAGUCUGUGACAGAAAAGACUUUGUGUUGAACUUCAACGGUAUUACGUCGUUUCAUCCGACCACCAGUGGAUCCUACUAUCAUCAUCAGCUACAUCAUCAUCAAGGUGUCUACCAAGAUGUGAAGCCAUGCGUUAUGUAAACUAUGUCAAGCAGAGGAUUCAUAAAUUAUGUGCUCGCAGUUGCGAAAUGAUGUGCUCGAGGCACAGUUAUCUACGAGAGAAUAAAGGAAGAUGCAAUGGAAGAAAGAAAGGAAGAGAGGACUACAAAGGGAGCGAGAACUUGUUGACUUCGAGGUUUAUAACAUAUUUACUCUCUUGGAACAAACCUCGAAACUUCUACAAACGAGGAGACAUAUUGUUUGACAAAACGUCCAAUUUAUCCUGUCAAUAAUAGCCUAGUUUUUAUUUUUAAUUCGCUUGUUUGAAUUUAUCACAUGUCUACAUUUAUUUGU